UGUACCUCUUAUUAUCUAGUGCAUCAUUUUUAAGAAGGCUCAAUCGAUCAGCUAGAAACAGGAAAACAACGACAAUGUUGGCUCUAAAAAUGAAGUUACUCUAUGCUGUUCUCUGUUUCAGCCUCGUUGUCCAAGGAUUGGGGCAGUGUUCAUUGAAGAACAUGAACAUACAACAAACAAAGAUAGUAAAGAGGGCAGCACAGCCAGUUUGGAAUGUGACAAUCACCAAUAAUUGUUAUUGCUCUCAAUCUAAUGUUAGAAUUUAUUGCAUGGGAAUUCAAACCUUAAAAAAACAAGCAUUUGAUCCUUCAAUUGUGAAGAUAGUAAAGAGUCAGGGUUUGGUCAACAAUGGAAAGCCUAUUUAUCCUUAUACUUCAAUUGGAUUUACCUAUGUUUCAAAUGUGCCUCUUCAGUUUAAGUUUCUUUCUUCUCAAAUUGCAUGUUCUUAGAAGAUUUAGUAACUUUAAACUAUGUUUUGUGAGCUGUGAUCAUAUUGUAAAGGUUUUCCAUGUUAUGUGUAAUCAUGGAAGUUAAGUUCGGAAUAAAUUAUUUAUCUACUUUGUAGCAAAGUAGUUGUGUUAUUAGUUGGAUCUAAUCGUUAAUAAAAGCAUUGUUAGUGCAA